CAAAAAUCCGACCCAAACACAUAUAACCGGACCCAACUUCCUCGCGACUAGCGCGCAGAAAGAAAGAAAAACAGAGAGGAGAGAGAAAGAGACACAGAGGGGAGAGAGAGAGUCUCACAGUCACAGCCUCGCAGCUAUUUGUUGGAGAGUUUGUUGCUCAACGAACGCUUCAACGGCAAAUAAAAUUCGCGGCCAAAAAAAUAGUCCGCCAUUUUUGUCUCGCUCACUCUCCUCUUUUCUCUUCCGUGGAGCUUCCAGACGCCCGCACAAGACCCACAUUCGCCCAUUUUUCUCCUUCCAAUUUUCCCCUUCCGAACUCCCCCAAUCUUUUUCUUCUCUUUUCUCUCUCGAUUUCUCCCCCCCCCCCAUUUGCCAGAAUUAGGGUUAGGUUCCGUCGUGAAUCGUCCGGAUUUCGAUCGCGCCACAGAUGUGUAAGUGAAGAGGACGAGGAGGAAGGAGAAGAAGAAGAAGAUCGGGUCCUCAGGUUCGAAGAUCUGGGGCUUGGGUUUUUCUCGAGAAAGUGAGAGAGCGAGAAAAUGAGCGCGUCCAGGUUCAUAAAGUGCGUCACGGUUGGGGACGGGGCUGUGGGUAAGACGUGUCUGCUUAUCUCCUACACCAGCAACACCUUCCCCACCGAUUACGUGCCAACUGUUUUCGACAAUUUCAGUGCAAACGUGGUCGUGAAUGGGAGCACUGUUAACCUGGGGCUAUGGGACACAGCUGGACAGGAGGAUUACAAUAGAUUAAGACCUUUGAGUUAUCGUGGUGCUGAUGUGUUUAUACUGGCGUUCUCUCUCAUCAGCAAAGCCAGCUAUGAAAAUGUGUCCAAGAAGUGGAUCCCAGAAUUGAAGCAUUAUGCGCCCGGUGUCCCGAUUAUUCUCGUUGGAACAAAGCUUGAUCUUCGGGACGACAAGCAGUUCUUUAUUGACCAUCCUGGUGCUGUCCCAAUUACUACCGCUCAAGGAGAGGAGCUCAGGAAGCUAAUUGGAGCACCAGCGUAUAUCGAGUGCAGUUCAAAAACUCAGCAGAAUGUGAAAGGGGUCUUUGAUGCCGCCAUCAGGGUUGUCCUUCAACCUCCGAAGCAGAAGAAAAAGGAAGGCGGCAAAGGGAAGGCAUGCUCCAUAUUGUGAUUUGGAAAAUAGGUGUAAAGAGAUAAUGACCAGCCAUCCUGCAUGUAUUCCCUCACACCCAUUUGUUCCCUAAAUCUCGUUUUUCCCUUUUUGUCCUGAAGAAGUUGGAGUCCGUAAGUUGCCGCGUUUGACAAUCGAAUGGAUCUCUCUGUGAAAGCAUCCGGUGGUUUGGUGUUGCAUUCUUGGAACUGUUGUGAUCUCUUAAUUGUUGAAUUCUAUGGUUGGCAACUUUUUCUUUA